AUGACUUCUUCUUUCACAGUACUGGUCUUUCUGGCAACGGCAACUCUCCUUCUUGCCGGCCAGGCUCGCAGCGUAAACCUGUGCAGCAAAGCUAACUUCCCGGCCGUCUGCCAUGCCGCCGUGAAGAAUUUGAAGGACCCUCAUUCGGCCACAAGAUCAGCCAUUAACCUACUGAUUUUCAAGACCGCAAAGGCCAAAGUGUUGGCUCGCAAGUUCCGCAGUAGUGACUGCAAUGAGAUCUAUGACGACGCCGUUUACAACCUCUUCACGUGUUUGGAAAACCUCAAGGGGCAUGACAAGGCCAGCCUGAACAUCAACCUCUCUGCGGCACUGUCGGAUUACGAGCAAUGCGAUGACACGUUCGCGGAUUUCGGCAGACACUCACCGCUGGUCAGAACCAACAAGUUGUUGAAACGAAUGGCUAGCAAUGGUUUGUAUUUGGCUAGUCUAACUCGCUAA